ACUUAUUAAGCAGUCGGUGUCAAUACUGAUAUAUCCACUUAGUCCACUUCGUAGAUAUAGCAGCUUGUAACAAAAUGCUGACCAAUACUUUAGUAUACUUCGUGGCUCUUGUCACCCCCCUUGUAGGACGGAUGGCUGACGCGGCCCCUGCUUCUGGCGACUUUGAGCUUCCCUUGAAGGCUUUGGUGCUUGUGACAAAGGCUGAGCUGGCUUCCUAUCCAGAGUGGAUCCUAGACUCUAUGCAGAUGCCGUAUGACAUGAUAUACCUGAUCGAUGAAGCCACGUCCAAACCUAGUCAGGCAGCACAAGACCUACAUAAGUAUUUAUAUGAUACUGCCGGAAAUCCUAUGUACAACUCAGUGGUCUUGGAGAACCUCCAGUUGGGAUAUGUGGCAGAAGUGGAGGGGGAAGAGGUGUUCCAGUCCGUAUUAGACGCAGAGACGUGGGAUGCGAUCGAUGAGAUGUGUAGGCAGUACAAACUUCGCAAAGUGGUGCUUGCAUCUUCAUCAUUGGCUGAUGAAGCGCUUAUUCCAUAUCCGGGUUUGGAACGUGGGUCAUCCGAAGAUGCGCUCAUUGAGUUCUAUGACAGCGACUAUGCCAAAAGUCUGCUUUUGCAUAUCAAACAGGACUCUCAGUUCGUAAUCGGUCAAGUCAGCGAAUUUGUCCGUACAAUUUACUGGUACUAUCCUGCCACUUUGGCAAGUGACGCUACGCACAUCAAGCCAUUCAUGAAAAUGAAGCCCAGCUGUGCUGGCACUAACGAGGCCCGUGUGUUACAGCUGACCCAGGCUGCCAACUCUGACACUCCGUGCAAGGAUAUCGAAUGGGUAGGAGGUUUCACCAUGGAGAAGAACGGCGUAGAAGAAAUGCACUUUCUUGUCAACAGCAACAUCUAUGGACAGCAUGGUUUUGUUGUUUCCGAUAUAUGGUUUACGUGGAUGACUAGAGGCGUCUGGCCGGGUAUGCGACGUGUGCCGUUAAACACACAAGUGGAUGACUUUUUCCUGGCCACCGGUGUGUACAAUUCAACACUUGAUCGACAGGCGCUUGCCGAAGAGCCGGUCUAUCGUACGAGUGGUACCGAUAUCGAGCUACUUACACAGUGGCAAGACAUGUUCAAUGAAGGACUACCCGAAAACUCGCGGUAUGUCAUGGAAAUCGCCUUUAAUGGGGCCGGCUGGUUUGACUUCGCAGACUUUCCCGACAGUUGCAACCCAGUCACCAUUGAGAAACGUGAUCACUUCUUCUGGGUAUCUCACACAUGGAGACAUCUAGAUAUGUACUGCCCCUUCAGUGACUGUGCCACAUAUGGCCUCACAGCAUACGAAGAUGUCAAAUUCGAGCUCGAGAAGAACAAGUGGAUGGCCGAGAAUGAGCUUUUCUUUGAUAUCAACGACCAAGAUCUCGCCACCUACCCCACCUGGUCUGCAAAGUCUCUGGUCACACCACGUAUUUCGGGCUUGAAUCACACCGAGUCUAUCCGCGCCAUGUCGGACUUAGGUAUCACAUCAGCCGUGGGAGAUAACUCACGACUUGAUCUGAUGCCCGAUAACCCUUGGCAUGGAUUCCUUACCAAAGUAGCUGACGAAUCGGGACGUCGCAUUUUUGUCAUCCCACGGUAUGCUACUCGAGUGUACUUUGACGUAUCCCUCCCUCUAGAGAGCGAGAUGGAGCACGCCAGUAUCUACGGCCCUAACUGCUAUGGGAACCAACGCACAGAGGAGGUAACACACCCCUGGAAGUGCAAUAUCAAGACAUUCAAAUACACGCGUGACCUGGAUAUCACGGAGAUCCUAUCUAUCGAAGCGUAUGAAACAGGGCGUAAUCUGCUGGCCUACCGCACUGACCCAUACAUGUUUCAUCAGGCCAAUCUUCGGUUCUUUGAAUAUGAAGGACGCGUGCAGUCACUGAUCACCAUGUGGAUUGAGGCAGUGGCCGGCGAGUUCUUGAAGUACAAGGACCUACCGCUGUUCUCAUUGAAACAAGACGACCUUCGCGAGUUCUAUCAGCAACGUAUGGACCGUGACGACUGCAACAUCUCAGCCAAGUGGGUGUACAAGGGCAACAAGCCCGUGGAACUCAAAGUGACAGGCGACAAGGAUUGCGAAGCCAAACUCACACGGGUGGAGAGUUCUGAAUUCACCUUUGUCGAUGCCGCAUCGGAAGAGCACUACGGGUUCGAUCGUACGCGUGACAUCCCAAUCAAAAAGAACGUUGACACCGUGCUGACUGUCGGACCUGCAAGUGCCGACAACAAGCAGCAAGCGCCACUGCCGUAUCCUCCUGCCGUACGCCCUGUGACUGACUACGACCGACGUGAUGAUGCCAAUUCGUUCGGGGCCUUCCAAUCAGUGGCGGCCACCGAAGUGUUUGCGCUAGAGAAAUACCUUAAAGACCUGCUGGUGGAGGAGUUGAAGUUCGUGCAAGAGUACCGAACUCAAACUGAAGCGGCUACAUGCCGACCAAGCAAUGAUACGCUGGACGAAACAUACUUCACGAAAUUCGGCGAUAUGUCUUUGCCCGCAGCAGAGGCAAGGAACAAAAAUAAGAAGUCUUGGUACAGAACAAUGGAGGAAGAACAAGCUCAGCUAGAGAGCGAACUCACAGCAAAAAGUACCGAGAUCGAUGACGCGACACCAGCCACCGUCGUCGAUACCAUUAAGAAGGAUAUUUCUAGCUCCGUCAGCAAUAUGGAGGACUGGGGAACCGGUAUUCAUAAGCAAGCGUACGAAAGUCUCAGAACGAUCGCCACGGACUAUAGCGCCAAGGGGGCGUGUUAG